UACCAACUCCCAGAUAAUGUAUAAAUCUAUCGUAGAUGUCAUCAUUUAAUUGUAACAUUGUCUUCAGAAUUCCUCGAGCCGUAACUCGGAUUAUUUUCCCCACCCAGCUGUUGUGAACCAUCCAAAAUGCCACACGCUGUUGCCAAAGUCCAUGACAGGAUUGUUGCCGAGACAGACAAAUGGGAGUUUGUUGAAGGAAAUAUCUAUUUUCCAAAAUCUUCAAUUCAGGAGAAAUAUUUCACGGGAACAGAUACCAAAACAUUCUGUCCUUGGAAAGGCGAGGCUUCAUAUUAUGAUAUCAACGUCGAUGGAACGGUGAUAAAGGAUGCGGCCUGGUACUACCCCACGCCAAAAGAUAAGGCGCAAAACAUAAAGGACCAUGUUGCAUUCUACAAGACGAAGGUGUCUGUGACAUCUGAUUAAUGAUAUAGUCCAUCUUGAACAAUAUAAUGUACCAAACCGCGUCCACAAUGAUGAUGUUCAGUCAUGUUUGAUAGGAGACUUUUGUAAUGCCAAGC